GGCUCCACCCAACGCCAACGGAUCGUCUCGUCUCGGCGUUGGCCAGCUCUGCUCUCUCAUCACGGACAUGGAGGAGAACUCGUCGAGCUCUUAAAUCUGCUUCGGUUCCCGCGUGUUCAUCUCCCUCCAUCGUUUCGCAGGCGCCGGCGCCGCCCGCCGCCGCCGUGAGGAUCAUCCGGGUACUCUCACUGGUCAAAUCCACGAUCGUUGCUCUCCAACUCCGCUUUCUUUUCCUUCGUGUUUGAUGUGAUUUGAGUCGCGCCGGGUAUGCAAACGAUUUCAGUGCCCGCCGUCUGUUUGAUUCUGUUCUCGAGGCUGAGAAUAAAAGUCUGUAGGGUCUUCCUGCUUGCAAAUUGUUGCUAACUAUUUCAGUUGCAAAAGUCAUGAAUUUCCUGAUUGCAGCUUUUAAACCACCAUGUACUAUUUCGAUCUCAUUGUCGGCUGGAAGAACAAACAAGCAGGUACCAUUGAAGAAGGACAAUGGUCAAACAGUUUUGGUUCCUCUCUUUGAAAGUCAGGAGAGUAUAAUUGGAGAGGUUGUUGUUGAACCAUUGCAAGGGAAGAAGGUUGAGCACAUUGGUGUUAAAGUCGAGCUCCUCGGCCAGAUAGAAUUGUAUUUCGACAGGGGCAACUUCUAUGAUUUUACAUCUUUGGUGCGUGAACUUGAUGUACCUGGUGAAUUAUAUGAAAGAAAAACGUACCCAUUUGAGUUCUCAACUGUCGAGAUGCCCUACGAAUCCUAUAAUGGAGUCAACGUAAGACUCAGGUAUAUUUUGAAAGUAACGAUUAGCAGAAACAUUGUCGGCAACAUUGUGGAGAGUCAGGAUUUUGUGGUCCGGAAUUACACGCCACUUCCAACUAUCAAUAACAGCAUCAAGAUGGAAGUUGGGAUCGAGGAUUGCCUACACAUUGAGUUUGAAUACAACAAAAGCAAGUAUCACUUGAAGGAUGUUAUAAUCGGCAAAAUCUACUUUCUUGUUGUAAGAAUCAAGAUAAAGAAUAUGGAGCUUGAGAUCAGGCGUCGAGAAUCAACUGGAACAGGCCAUAAUACCUAUGUUGAGACGGAAACCCUAGCUAAAUUUGAGUUGAUGGAUGGCGCUCCAGUCAGGGGCGAAUCGAUCCCAAUCAGAUUGUUCCUGAGCCCGUACGAAUUAACACCAACGUACCGCAACAUUAAUAAUAAAUUCAGCGUGAAGUAUUAUCUAAACCUUGUUCUAGUGGAUGAAGAGGACCGGCGGUACUUCAAGCAGCAAGAAAUUACAGUAUACCGGCUUCUUGAAACUGUGUGAUUCUUUUCCUGGCUUGUACGAUCUCAUUGUUUGAUUCCGAGAAGAGGUUGCACUUUCAAACAUCGGACUGGAGCCCUCAUCUGGUUUUACUGAGGAACCAGGCACCCUUGCGAUAUCUGAAGAGCCACUUAAACGGGAGAUGACCGAUCCCAUGUUACGGUCUAUCUACGCACCGAAACGAGUAGGCCCUUCAAGUUCAGCCUGCUCGUUUUCAGCUAGAAGGGUGUCUCUUUGUUCUUCUUAUGGCCGUCAUCCUCUGUGUUGACUUGGGGCAUUUUUUGCCACCAGAUACGAUGUCGCGAUUGCAUUCCGUUUGAUACCGUAUCUUCUUUUAUUAUUCCGUAGGGCGGCUUUCCGUGUCGACAUAAGACUUCACAUCUUGUUUUUACGUGGUAACUUAGAUUGCAUCCGCCGAAGAAGAUAAAAGAUAGAGGAUCAAAUUCUGGACGUGUAGCAUAUGAACGGAUGCACUUUAAUAGUUUAUUGCACUUAUCCUCAGAUUGAACGAUGGUCCAUUGAUGAUCUACAGUUUAUAGUUUAUCGUA